AAUGCUACUUCAAAAAUGUUUCUGCACGAUCUGUAGGAAAAGAAAUCUGGAAGCAGUAAUAAUUGACCGCCGUAAAGGAUGAUUGAGAGCUCGAGUAGCUCUUUAUUGCUAGUUUUGAGGUCCUGCGUCUAGUCUUCGAAUUGCAUGAAGUUUUGUAAAGGGAUAUGCAACAUAAGGACAGUUGUAGGCGACUGCAAUGCACUUCCAGUGCAAAUAAAACAAGCUGAAUAUAACUCGCUAGCAUUGAAAAUUACGGAACAGAGGGAUGGACUCUUAUCAAAACAAACGUCCGAAAGGCUGACCGAGGGCUUCGGCAUACUCCUUUAUACACGUGAUACUCAAACAUCUAUUCUGUAACUGAUGGACUAUGCUGAACAUUUAAAUUGAAUUGUUACGUAAUACUAACGAUUACUUUAUUGUAAACGAAUAUGAACCUUUAAACUAGACAUGGUAGGCUUGGUACUCGGCGCGCACCGUUUGCCGCGAAGCUCUCUAAGACUAUAGUUUGAAAAAGUUUUUAUAUAAAUUGAAUUUUUAUUUUAAGGUUUUCUGAUUUUGUUUUGUUCGUUUCGUUCUGAAUUUUUAUUUAUAUCUACUGAUUUUUUUCAUAAAUUUCUCCUGAAAUUUCCCCUAUACCAUCUGGCAACACUGCCCACAGGCCCACACUUCCAGCGGAGCUGAGUGAAAAAGCAUGUUCCGGAAGCUUGGCGCGGGGCGGGGCGCGUCUCCGGUGCGGCAAUGGGCGCGUCUGGGCGUGGCGUGGAGAUUGCAGCGGUGUAUCACCACGUGGAACAAUAGAUAACAGAAGAUACGAUAAGACAGACUUUCUGUGGCUAUAGCAGCGUGGGUGACGAGUCUAUAAGGAGCCGCCAUGGAAUCCUACCGCGUCUCAGGACUGGCUGGCUCCUUCACCUCCUCCUCCUCCUCCUCCUCCUCUUCGUCCUCCUUCAGGUGGCUCUCCGGCCUCACCGCCAGGUCAAAGAAGAUCUCCACCUUUACGUACGAUCACCGCAGUAAGGUCAAGAGUUGGCGGCACAAGUAUGAGUUCCUACUGGGCCUGGUGAAGGAGCCCGCCCGCCUGCUGCCCCACUCCCUCAUGAAGGAGCGCCAGAUGGUGGAGGCGCGCCGGCAGGGCUACGCCGUGGAGCGGGCGCUGCUGCUGGCCGACCUGGACCCCGGGGAGACCAUGGGCGGCACCAAGGCCAGGAAGCUCCGGGAGAACAGUCGCCCGGAGCACCUACGUUCCCUGUUCGAGCAAGUGGCGAGUCUGGACCACAUGCUGACCUCCCUAGAGAACCAGAUCGAGGUACUGACCGCCGUGCAGACCGCCGUGCCCAAGGACCUGACGGACACUUUCCAUGACUCGGGCACCAGCGGCCAUGAACCAGAUAGCCUGGAGGCGAUACAAACAGUGGUCAGCGGAGGAGGCAGCGGCGGUGGAGGCGGUGAUGCUGGAACGGGAAGAGGAGGAGGAGGAGGAGGAGGAGGAGGAGGAGGAGGAGGAGGAGGAGCAGGAGGAGGAGGACAACAGCAGCACCACCAUCAUCAUCACCACCACCACCACCACAGACCUAAAGAGCCUGAUGAUGAGGGCGAUGGAGAGAAGAUGGUGGUGGUGGCGGAGCGGGAGGAGGUGAAGCCCAGUGACGCCGCUGUGCUGCUUCACCUGGAACGCAGCAGCCAUCGCCAGACCCGCCGCGCCCUGCAGGAGCUGAGGGAGAAGCAUGAUGUCCUCAGGCGGGAACUGACGCAGAGGAACAUUCAUAUCGAAGACGUGGAUAUUGUGAGGACGGUCGGCAGCGCCCUCGAGGACCUCCACAUCCAGCAGGAACACAACCUGUCAUCGCUCGAGUCCAUCUCCUCCAUCACCUCCUCAGACAGACUCCUGGACGAGCUGAAGGUGCGAGAGAUGACCAUCAGCCAACUGAGGUCUCGUUUGCUGCAGCUGGAGAAGGAUAGACUGGAUAAGGUGCCUGUGGAUGCUGCGAGGGAGAUCACCAGACUCAACAGCCUCGUGGUGGACUUAGAAAGAGCGCGGGACGAACUCAACCUGCAGAACACAAGCCUGAAAACCCGCCUGACGGAGCUCACGGACAAGAUUCACGACCCUGCAGCGACUUACCAGAUAACCCGUGACUCCCUCGCCUCGGACAGCCCCACACCGCACGCCAAGGACCCAGACGUGACUCGAGUGCUCAGGAAGGCCACGUACAGGCUCCCAGGGGACUCGCAGAAGCUGAAGACUAUGGUGCUGGAGAUGACGACAAAGGAGGAAGAGUACCGGGCAAGGAUAUCAGCGUUAGAGGAGAAGAUUUUGAACUACGAAAAUGAGGAUAACGCAGCUUCCCGUGAGCUUGAGAGGACGGUGAGGAGUCUAGAGCAUCAGCUAGAGAUGGUGUCACAGAAGUUAGAGGCAGCGGGGAGGUACGCGACGGCCAAGGAAGAGGAGAGCAAUGUGCUGAAGUUGGAUCUUGACACGCUGAAUGAAGAGAAUAGGAGACUGAAGGAGAAUUUGAAUGAUCUCAUCUUGAAGCAGCGGGACGCGGAGGAGACGUCUCGGCUGAAGGCGGCCCUGGAGGAGCAGUUUGGCCGCCUGAAGGAGGAGAACAGAGUGUUAGCGGAGGACUUCAAUAGAGAAAGAGUGCUGAGAAAGAAGUACUAUAACCAGGUGGAGGAGAUGAAGGGCAAGAUCCGAGUGUUCUGCCGAGUGCGCCCCAUCAGUACGGAUGAGGUGCAGCGAGGUGGGAUGGAAGCAGAGCAGGUGGUGUCGGCAGAUGACCCCUUCACUGUGUCUGUGAAUGCCCAGCGUGGCCACAAAGCAUUCCUCUUCGACAGGGUGUUCCAGCCCAACCAUGACCAGGAGGAGGUCUUUGCUGACACCAAUGCUCUCAUUCAGUCAACACUGGAUGGCUUCAAUGUGACCAUCAUGGCGUAUGGACAGACAGGCUCCGGUAAGACCUACACCAUGAUUGGCAGUGAGAACAACCCAGGCAUUGCACCACGGGCCUUCCAGCGACUCUUUCAGCUGGUAGAGGCUGGCCGCUCCAGGCACACUGUCCAGGCCUCUGCCUACAUGAUGGAACUGUACAAUGACAAACUGAUAGACCUGCUGAGACCCACAGGGAACAAUGAGAAUGAGAAGCUGGACAUCAAGAAGGACAAGAAGGGCAGCGUGCACGUGCAGGGGGCCACCGUGUGCAGCGUGUCCUCGGCGGGUGAGCUGAUGAGAGCCUUCCAGCAGGGCCUCACCAACCGCCACACGGCUGCCACCAAAAUGAAUGUGGAGAGUUCCCGCUCCCACCUCAUUAUUGUGGUCUGCCUCACCAUCACCUCCAGGCAGACUGGCUCCGUGCUCAAGGGAAAGCUCACCCUGGUGGACCUGGCAGGCAGUGAGCGGGUGAGCAAGAGUGGUGCCUCGGCUGACCAGCUGCGUGAGGCCAACUCCAUCAACAAGUCCCUCUCUGCCCUCGGGGACGUGGUGUCUGCCCUCUCCUCAGAGUCCUCUUUUGUGCCCUACAGGAACAGCAAGCUGACAAUGUUGCUCCAGGACAGUCUGGGCGGCAACUCCAAGACACUGGUGUUUGUCAACGUGUCACCCGUCGCCCACAAUGCUGACGAGACGCUGGUGUCCCUCAUGUAUGCUUCAAGGAUAAAGCAAAUCACAAACAGUGUCAGCAGAAACUCUGACAACAAGGAGAUAUCAAGGCUGAAGUCGAUCAUUAGUAAGCUGAAGAAGGGAGAAGACCUGGAUGAGGACAUCACCUGAAAAAGGCCCAAGGGGGGAGGGGUUUUGUCUGCAGAUAGUCCUGCUGGGGGUCCAACGAGCCAGCUCAAAAGACGCCUCUCAAAAUGCAGACUGUGGAAGCACCAAUAGUGUGUGAAGAUCCAUCCAGAGCAUUAUAUUAUCUUUUAACCCACAGAUGAAGAUAAUUUUGUGAUAUGUACUUUGAGCGAGAAUAACAAUACUUGCUUCUAAGGUGUGGGAAGUUCCUGAUCUUAGUCUCAUGCCUAAAUAUGCUCCCCUUCCACAUGUUGUAAAGCCACAACCCUCCCCCCCAACCCAGCCCCCCUCACCCCUCACCACCCUCCUCCCUCACCAUGCCCUGCACCCUGGACUCCCCUGGUGCAGGAAGGGAAGGAGGCCAUCUGGAUCUCAUACUAGAUCUCAAGUGAAUGUGAGGAGGCAAGAGAUCCAUUGUUCCAUUGGGGCUAUGGUUCUGUACAGUGUAUAUAGGUGUGUGUGUGUGUGUGUGUGUGUGUGUGUGUGUGUGUGUGUGGAAAAAGAGAGAGAGAGAGAGAGAGAGAGAGAGAGAGAGAGAGAGAGAGAGAGAGAGAGAGAGAGAGAGAGAGAGAGUUUAAUAGUGUGGAACAUCCCUGUUUAUAACAUGACCCAGUGCUGUGCAUUACUUUUUAUUAUUAUUUAUGUGAUUGUUAUUUUUUGAAGU